AAACUACUUCACCCCCACCACAUUAAUAGCUCUCUUUCUCUCUUAAAAGCUUUCUCAUUAAUUCUAGAAUGGAUAUGGAUAUGGGAGAAUCCAGCGACAACACCACGACCACAACAUUAUCAAAUUCAUCAUCCGCUCCAAACAAUUCUCCUUCUAAUUCUCCUCCUCCUACCCCUCUUGUUACCGUUGUUAGCAGCCCCUGCGCUGCCUGCAAGAUCCUCAGGCGCAGGUGCGCUGAAAAGUGCGUUCUUGCCCCUUACUUCCCCCCCACCGACCCUCUUAAGUUCACCACCGCCCAUCGUGUCUUUGGCGCCAGCAACAUUAUCAAGUUCCUGCAGGAAUUGCCUGAAUCACAAAGGGCAGACGCGGUUAGCAGCAUGGUUUACGAAGCAAAUGCGAGACUAAGAGAUCCAGUUUACGGGUGCGCAGGGGCUAUAUGCCAUCUCCAGAAACAGGUGAACGAGCUCCAAGCCCAACUGGCAAAGGCUCAAGCCGAAGUAGUCAACAUGCAAUGCCAACAAACAAACCUACUCACCUUACUUUGCAUGGAAAUGGCUCCAUCUCAACACCCUUCUUCAAACCAACAACAACCCAUGUCUCUUCAUGAUAAUUACAUGAUGAAUAUCAAUGUCAAUCCAUAUACUAAUCUUAAUUCCCCUUCACAGAUCAACUUCCAACCCAACUCAAUCUGCUUAGAUGACAUCAAUCUAAGUUCAUUCUGGGCUGAGCCAGAGCCUCUCUGGACAUAGAUCGAAAUUGUAAUACCAAUUAAGUUUCAUCUUCCGCCCUUAAUUACAUUAAUACAUAUACAUAGUCAUCUUUAAUUCCAGAUGCAAUCUCCUCUCCUAACUUUAAAGCCAAACAAGCAAUGGCCGGGAAGGAGAUUCAUUAAUAUUAAUUAAUCAGGAAUUCAAUAAGAUUAAUUAAUCACUCAAUUCUAUAUGUA